AUGGCAAGUCGCGUUGAGGAAGGUCCAGUAUAUGGAGCUGUCACCCGGUGGCAAACUGAGAUUAGGACAAAAUCAGCAACUAAAAAAGGUUUGGAUAUUCCUGAAAUCCUGGAGUUGAUCCUGGCUCGGAUGGAUAUGCGCACGCUUCUCACAUCCGCCCAACGAGUCUGUCACGACUGGGCGAAACUGAUCAGCAAGUCACCGUCUAUCCAAAAAGCCCUUUUCUUCACUCCAAUCAAGAACUCCAAAUGGGGAGUGGAAGAAAGAAUACUUAAUCCGCUAUUGAAGGAGACUUUUCCUUCUUUCUUUCCCGCCUGGGACAGAACGAAGCAUUAUGAGUUCAACUUCUCCGACUUGACCAUGACCAAAGACGCCACAACCAUGGCUCAAUUCGUACGAAAGGACGCAAGUUGGCGCAAGAUGCUAGUCCAACAGCCUCCUGCCUCGGAUGUUGGGCUUUUUCAUAUUCGCCACGGAAAGGGCGGCGAUAGCGCCAGAAGCUCUAGUAUCCCGGCGGCUAAGGAGACACAAGAAUUCGGAAACGAUGGUCUUCGGAUGGAAAGGCUCUUCGAGCUUUUACUCUUCAGUCAUCAGGUUCAAUUCUUGGCAUACACCAAAGCACGGGUGUAUUGGUCUACUGAAGAACCCAUCUUAUUUAACGAGAGUUCCCGGAAUCAGAAUAUCAACGAUCGAUUUUAUCGGAUCUUGAGCAAGUUUGGCUUGCUUUUGUAUACACGCGAGGUGAAGCAGUGCUGUAAAAAGCCCAGUCCUCCAAGUGCUGCCGAACUUGUUAGGAAGGAAAUUAUCGCAGCAUAUGAAGAACACGAUUUAGAUGUCAAUUCCAAGAAGAAGGAUAUCGAAGAAUCGAAGGUUGAAGUCAGUCGCUGA